AUGGGUGACACAAGCUGUUAUAUGGCACCACCUGGAGCAUCUGGUGGUGGUGGUGGUGGUAGCGGUGGUGGCGGUGGUGGUGGUGGUGGUGGUGGAGGUUAUGCUUAUCAACAGGAAUAUGAUUAUGGAAGCGGCGGUGGCGGUGGUGGUGGCAGUAGCGGAGGUGGUGGCGGUGGUAGCAAUGAUGGAGAUAGUGGACCAAAGAUGCGAAGUGAUGUAUCCUGCUAUCUUGGUCCCAGAUAA